AUGAAAUCCUACAAAUCCAGCUGUGCUGAUUCCAGCUCCAAGUUUGAUUCCAAGAGAACACCUGUCUCAGAGAAGACAGAGAAUGCUUCCAGGAGGAGAAUGGCGGCCAAUGCCCGGGAGAGAAAGAGGAUGCAGGGUCUGAACACCGCCUUUGACCGGCUGCGCAAGGUGGUGCCUCAGUGGGGGCAGGACAAGAAGCUGUCCAAGUACGAGACCCUGCAGAUGGCCCUCAGCUACAUCAUGGCCCUGAACAGCAUCCUAACGGACACAGAGCGCUACGGGAGCAGCUCACAGAGGCAAUGGCUUAACCAGCAGAUUGAGCAUUUCCAGCAGGAGAACUACGAUUCCUUCCUGGGGCAGGAAUACCCGAUGAGAUACGAGAACUGCACCCAGGCCACCCUUCCUUACCAGCAUGAGAGUUACCAGAUUGUUAAUUAA